GUAGGUGUCACUUAUAUCACAAGGCUACAGGUGCCUUUAUUUCUACCGUCCGCUGGUGCUGGGAGCGCGCUUGCCUUCUCUUGCCUUGAAAGCCUUCUGUCUGGACCUAUCCACCACUUGUCUUCACGGUGAUGUUGGACUCCGUAACCCAUAGCACCUUCCUGCCCAACGCAUCUUUCUGUGACCCUCUGAUGUCUUGGACCGAUCUGUUCAGCAAUGAAGAAUAUUACCCUGCCUUUGAGCAUCAGACAGCCUGUGAUUCCUACUGGACAUCAGUGCACCCCGAAUACUGGACCAAGCGCCAUGUCUGGGAAUGGCUCCAGUUCUGCUGCGACCAGUACAAGCUUGAUGCCAACUGCAUCUCCUUCUGUCACUUCAACAUCAGCGGCCUGCAGCUGUGCAGCAUGACGCAGGAGGAGUUCAUUGAGGCAGCCGGCAUCUGUGGGGAGUACCUCUACUUCAUCCUCCAGAACAUUCGCUCUCAAGGUUAUUCCUUUUUCAAUGAUGCUGAGGAGACCAAAAGCACCAUCAAAGACUAUGCUGAUUCCGGUUGCUUGAAAACAAGUGGCAUCAAGAGUCAAGACUGUCACAGCCGAACAAGCCUCCAAAGUUCUCACCUGUGGGAAUUUGUCAGAGACUUGCUUCUGUCUCCUGAAGAAAACUGUGGCAUCCUGGAAUGGGAAGACAGGGAGCAGGGCAUUUUCCGAGUGGUUAAGUCAGAAGCCCUGGCAAAGAUGUGGGGACAAAGGAAGAAGAAUGACAGGAUGACGUAUGAGAAGUUGAGCCGAGCCCUGAGAUACUACUAUAAAACUGGAAUUUUGGAGCGGGUUGACCGGAGGUUAGUGUACAAAUUUGGAAAAAACGCACAUGGGUGGCAGGAAGAGAAACUCUGAUCUACACCGGACGCCAGGCUCACUUGAUGGAUUUCUGUUGUUUGAAACAAUCAGAUCAAACUAGACAUUUGAAAGUCUUCCUCCUCCUCUUCUUCCUCUUCCUCCUCCUCCCCUUCCCCCUCCUCCCCCUCCUCCCCCUCCUCCUCUUCAAAACCUACAACCACACUGAUAAAAUUUCUGCAUGUCUCAGCUUACAUUUGAAUUCAGUUGUUGUCUAUUGGGGCGACGGCAUCAGCCCUUAAGCAAUCGGCUUCAUCCCAAGGGGGAGGAAGGGAUGGUCUUGUGGCUUGGUGUGACAUUGUUUCCUUAAUGAAGUAUUUGGAGCCAAGGUAGCCAGUGUUAUGGGUGCUGUUUCAAAAGAGGGCCCUGUUGCCCCAUUAAGGACACAUGGUCCUCCCAUUCCAGAGGUUCCGAGUGGUCAACUGAGGCAGCUCACCUGUGGUUAGUUUUUAGGAGCGGGUGAGAUGUAAGGCUUCCUUACGUUAGAUUUGAAGUUAUCACAGUUAUAUUCCAUAGAAAAAAUUUUAAUAAAGAAAAAAAAGCCACUGAACUGGGACCUAAUUGGAUAUAGCCUAUGUUAAGAAUAAGUUUUUUUUAACCAGAUCACCAUUUUUGACCACUUAGCCACAACCACUUGAUCCACGGCCAAUCCUUCUGAACUUUAACACACUUGCAAUUAGUCACACUGGGAAUUGCUACCGAGAUUGCUGCUCCCUUCUCCUCACUGGUGGCUAGUGUCAGGUCUACAGUGACCUAGUCAACAGACAUGUGCAUUGAUUUCUAAAUCACUGCUGUGCCUAUGAUUCAAACUGUCAACGUGUUCAAAUCAGAAUUUAUUGAUUCUCUCUGAGGCUAAGAAGUUAAACCUUUACAGAGCAGAGAACACCCGACCAAGCCAUGAUAGCUGGAUGCAUUGUCAGUCUCGCUUCAAUGCUGACCUGAUGAAUACCCAAACUCUCCAACAUGUUCUCUUCACACAGAUAAGAACAGUGAAUUUACAUCAAUAAAUGUUCAUGGGUUAAAGUGUCUGCACUGACUCAUGUGCCGUUGGCAUGCAAGGUGUUACUGCCCUGCAACAUGGUAGAGUGCCCUGACCCCUAACUUCCCCAGGGCUGGGACUGUCUAGUGACAGGCACUGAAUAACAAUGCAGGCUGAAGACCUCCAUGUUUAGAGUUUAACCUCAAAAGUAACUUGUUUUUUUUUAAAAAUGUGAAUUACUGUAAAAUAAUCUAUUUUUGGAUUCAUGUGUUUUCCAGGUGGAUAUAGUUUAUGAACAAUGUGAAUAAAAUAUUUAACAUGUU